GGGGCUUAGAGUCAAGCUGGAAAUUCUGAUGGAUUCAGUGCAAGUUUGACUGGGUUAUUAUACAAAAAGGUUCUCAGGGUACAGGUGGAAUGUUUAGUCUUUCACCAUGACCAUGACUGGUUGGAAAGUCACUUUGCAGUUUUCCACUUGGUUUAGGAGGUGGAUGACCAAGUGUGGGUCUACCUAACGACAGGGCUUCACAUAUAUAAGAAACUCCCAUGUUGAGUGUCACAGCAGUAGGACGCAUGAGGGACUGAAGGUUGGCGAUUUACCCUGCAGUGAACUCAAGCAAGAAUACUGCGUUAAGAGGGCCAGCUACUGAAGGCCGCUGAGCAGCACUUUGGAUCAGAAGCUGAUCAUGGAAGAUCGUUAUCGGCGAGCACAAAUUUACACUGUGGAUGGCAAUCCCAAUCUCUCCCGGUAUCCCAAUGCGUUGACGCCCCCAGAGUUGCCACCAAGGCAGAAGCAACCUAAGAAGGACUGGCAGAAAGUGUGUACGGUUGCGAUACUGAUCCUAUCGUUAAUAAUACUGGCGUGUCUGGCACUGGGCACCACAUACUUAAUUCAACUCAAGAUGCAAUUCGAGAAAAUCAAACAGGUUCAGAAAGAGGAAAGUUCACCGGCAAAGAUGGUUGGGGGUCCGAAGGUUACAGAGUUCCCAACAUUUGCUGCACAUCUCACAGGAAUGCAUUCCAUUAAGAAUUCAAAGACACUGCUGUGGGAAGCCACGAGGGGCAAUGCCUUCACAAGUGGAAUCCGUUACAAAGAAGGCGCUUUGAUCAUCGACGAUCCUGGCUACUUUGCAAUCUACUCAAAAAUCUACUUCCGAGGGCUGGGAUGCAAAUCGCACACUCUGCUGCAACAGACGGUCUUCAAACGAACCGAACUCUUUCCCGCUGAUUUUACUCUCAUGAUCGCCAGAAGCAACUUGUAUUGCCCCGAGAAGCAGGAGUCCUGGUCAAGGAACAGUUUUCAAACAGGAAUAUUUAAAUUACAGAAAGGAGAUCACAUAUAUGUGAAUGUGUCAAAUCCAAUGUUAGUUCAUUUUGAUCAAUUUUACACUUUUUUUGGACUACAUAAGCUUUAGUUUACGCCAGUCAUUUUUAAUUCUAUCUACGUCUAUGGAUCAUAGGCCUAUUUAAACUUUUAAUUUAUUUUUUUGCGUAUGAUAUGCACAGUGUACCCCAUGUGUCUUAAUCAGGCAUUGAAUGAAACCCAAUUGAAUAUGUAUAUAUAUAUUUUAAAUAUAUAGCGAAAAAAAAUACACAUACACGCGCACACACACUUUUAUUGGACUACAUAAGCUUUAUUUUACGCCAGUCAUUUUAAUUCUAUCUAUUCCUUUGGAUCAUAGGCCUAUUUACCUGAGUAAGCUAUCAAGUUUUUUUUAA